AUCAGCAAGUGGAUAAGUGCUAAGUGCAGUCUGCUCCUCCAUCUUUUUGUAAACUUUAGGCGUAUAUUAUAAAAAUCUAUAUUAUAAUGGUGUGUUUUUAUAGUGCAAAAUACUGCGUGUAGAGAUAUUGCUGGAUAUUAUUUUAAGUGAAAUUCAGUUUUCAGCUGCACAAUGAAUCGUAGUGAAGGUCUUGUGCAGAGGCGUAACAUCAACCGAGAGAGCUCGGGUCUGUCAUCAAGAGAAAGUCAAGAAAAUUUAGACGAUAAAAAAUCCGAAAGAGACGACGAAACAGAGGAUGGUGAUUCUAAGGAAACAAGACUUACUUUAAUGGAGGAAGUGCUACUUCUAGGAUUAAAAGACAAAGAGGGCUACACAUCAUUCUGGAAUGACUGUUUAUCUAGCGGCCUACGAGGAUGCAUAUUGAUAGAGCUGGGUUUACGAGGAAGAGUCGAGUUGGAAAAGGCUGGGAUGCGUCGCAAAAGCCUUCUAAAUCGCAAAGUCCUAGUAAAGAACGAUACUCCUACAGGAGACGUGCUCCUAGACGAGGCGUUAAAGAGGAUGAAAGAAACAGACCCACCUGGCACUACGCAAUGCUGGAUAGACUACUUAACUGGGGAAACCUGGAAUCCUUUAAAGAUGCGUUACCAACUAAGGAAUGUUCGUGAGAGAUUGGCAAAGAAUUUGGUAGAGAAAGGAGUCUUAACAACAGAAAAAACUAAUUUUUUCCUCUUUGAUAUGACGACUCAUCCACUCACCGACAACAUUUCGAAGACAAGGCUUGUGAAAAAGGUGCAGGAGGCAGUGUUAGGUAAGUGGGUGAACGACCCGCAGCGGAUGGACAAACGUAUGUUGUCACUGCUGUUGCUGGCUCACGCAUCCGAUGUGCUGGAGAAUGCCUUUGCACCUCUCAACGACGACGACUACGAGCUGGCCAUGAAGAGAGUUCGGGAACUCAUCGAUCUAGACUUGGAAGUGGAAGCCAUGAAGUCUCAAAACCAUGAAAUUAUUUGGGCUGUGUUCGCUGCAUUUACGAAAACCUAAAUACAAUUUAAGAUUGAGGCAGUAUGACGACAUUGGUGAGUUCAAUGAAGAUUUCUGGUAACAGGAAGUAAGCUGAGCUAUUCUAUAUUCGAUUCACCUCUAAUGGCUAAUUUUAAUAUAUAUUUUAUCCAAAUUGUUAUAUAUUCUACUACUGUAUUGUUAUGGUAUUUAUACAUGAUACUUAUAUUAAGUGAAAAUUAAAGCCAGUCUUUUUAAGUUUGCCAUAAACUAGUGUACAUACAGAUAAAUAGAAGAAAACCAUGUUGAUAGACUGUAAAGUUUUUAAUAAAAGUUGAAACCGACCCCAAUAUGGUUAGUUAGUUUCACAGUUAAAUAAAUGUUGGAAGCCCUUUUUAUGUGUACAUAGGAAAUAAAUAGCUUUGUCAAACCCUCUUGAAGUGAGUAAACUAAAUGUCGCAAAAUCCAUAUCUGUCAGUUAAAAUUGGUAUUUACUGGAUGUAUAUAUAUAAUUAUUUAGGUGAUAACAUUGAAGCUAGGUAUUUUUACUGCAGUGUAAAAUAUAUUGCUUAACGCAUCUUAUAUAAGUUUACGAAAUAUAUAUCACACAAUAUAUUCAAAGAGUUAAAUGAAAAUAUAAUCGUUAAACGUUUUGUAUAUAGACCCCCUUGCAUGAAUAUUCUGGUAUGAUUAUUUCAACCUAGACUUUUCUUCUCCACUGUAUAGCUAUAGAAAUUCUUGUAUCGUACUUUUAAGUAAUUUAAAAAGUUCCUUGUUCAUCUUCGUUUGGAUAUACUUAAGAUGGAUUAGGGUUUAGUUUUUGUGUUUGACGUUUUAAAAUAUAGUAUGAUGCUUUGCUGGGUGGGGUACAUCACUGAUUGACUGCAUGUUUGUAAGCUGAGAAAUCAAAGUCGAUCUUUGAAAUUAUAUUUACAAACAUAAUAUGCAUAAUGUAUAGACCUACAUAAUACAAAUGUUUGAUAAUGAUAAUACUUAAGUUUGAGUCAACUUUAUUGCAUAUACAGUAAUACUUCCCAAACACAUUUGUUCCAAAAAUCCUUUUUACAAACACAUUAAGGUAUAUUAGCCGAAAAAAUUCAAUUGGCCAUUUUCUUUUUACUAAUUUCACACCAAACACAUUUAAUGUAAGCACAAAAAUGAUAUGUAGUCUUACUAUCAGUUAUUGAACAAUCUUUUGCUCAAGGUUAUCAAAUUUGUUUGGAGCACGUGGUUUGGAUCCAACCAUAAUCUACUGCUAUCACAGUUGUGUAUAUGUAUAUAUUGAUUAAUAAACGAUAUUCAGUUUUCUA